GGCAUUGCUGUCCGCCCCUUCCCUGCCCCACGAAGGAAUAGGUAGCCCCAAUCCUGGGACACGCUCCUCCACCUUCGAAAUCUUCUCGGUCCUGGUUCCCCAGGACUCAGCCUUCAGAGAGACCAACUGAAGGUCCGCCACUAUCCCAGGAUUCCCGACUCCCUGUUUCCUGUCCUCCCCUCCCAGCUCCUGGCGCCUGCGGUAGCGGCAAGAUGGCGGACCGUGGCUGUUUGGCGGAAGCCGAGGCUGCUGGAGAGUCUCCUGCACUUGUGCUCGGCGUAAACCCGAUUCUGGGCUGGAGGGAGCGACUGAGGGCCGGACUGGCGGGUACUGGGGCCUCGUUGUGGUUCGUGGCGGGACUGGGACUGCUUUACGCUCUGAGGAUCCCUUUGAGGCUGUGUGAGAAUUUGGCAGCGGUGACUGUGUUUUUAAGUUCACUGACACCCAAAUUCUAUGUGGCACUUACAGGGACAUCUUCAUUGAUAUCAGGAUUAAUAUUUAUAUUUGAAUGGUGGUACUUCCAUAAGCAUGGCACAUCUUUUAUUGAGCAAGUAUCUGUAAGCCAUUUGCGACCACUGAUGGGAGGAACAGAGCACAGCAUUUCAGAACCAGGUUCUCCUUCCAGAAACAGAGAAAGUGAAACCAGCAGACAGAAUUUGUCAGAAUGUAAGGUGUGGAGAAACCCUCUAAAUCUUUUCAGAGGAGCAGAAUACAGGAGAUAUACUUGGGUGACUGGUAAAGAGCCACUUACAUACUAUGACAUGAACUUAUCAGCUCAGGACCAUCAGACCUUUUUCACCUGUGACACAGAUUUUUUACGUCCUUCAGACACAGUUAUGCAGAAGGCAUGGAGGGAAAGAAAUCCUCCAGCUCGAAUCAAAGCAGCCUAUCAAGCUUUAGAAUUAAACAAUGACUGUGCCACUGCAUACGUUCUACUGGCUGAGGAAGAAGCAACAACUAUUGUAGAUGCUGAAAGGUUAUUUAAACAGGCGCUCAAGGCAGGAGAAACAAUUUAUAGGCGGUCGCAGCAAUGCCAGCACCAAAGUCCUCAGCAUGAAGCUCAACUGAGGAGAGAUACCAAUGUACUGGUGUAUAUUAAAAGGAGAUUGGCAAUGUGUGCAAGAAAAUUAGGAAGAAUAAGAGAAGCAGUAAAAAUAAUGCGAGAUUUGAUGAAAGAAUUUCCUCCUCUUACCAUGUUGAACAUCCAUGAAAAUCUCUUAGAAUCACUUUUAGAAUUACAGGCCUAUGCAGAUGUUCAGGCAGUCCUAGCAAAAUAUGAUGAUAUAAGCCUUCUAAAGUCAGCAGCAAUCUGUUACACAGCAGCACUGUUGAAGACAAGGACAGUUUCAGAUAAAUUCUCUCCAGAAACAGCCUCCAAAAGAGGGUUAAGCACAGCAGAAAUUAAUGCCGUGGAAGCAAUUCAUAGAGCUGUGGAAUUUAAUCCUCAUGUUCCAAAAUAUUUAUUAGAGAUGAAAAGUUUAAUUUUACCUCCAGAACACAUUCUGAAACGGGGUGAUAGUGAAGCAAUUGCUUAUGCUUUCUCUCAUCUUCAGCACUGGAAGCGAAUAGAAGGUGCUCUUAAUCUGUUACAGUGUACAUGGGAAGGCACUUUUAGAAUGAUUCCAUACCCAUUAGAGAAAGGACAUCUAUUUCACCCUUAUCCUAGCUGCACAGAGACGGCUGAUAGAGAGCUAUUACCUCCUUUUCAUCAUGUUUCUGUUUACCCAAAGAGGGAGCUUCCUUUGUUCAUCCAUUUCACAGCAGGAUUUUGCUCUUCUACAGCAAUGAUAGCCAUUCUCACACAUCAGUUUCCUGAAAUCAUGGGUAUUUUUGUUAAAGCUGUGCCCUGAUGUUUACUGACAUAAAUCAAGAUACUGUGUGCCUCUAUAGGGGAUGCUGAACCAUUUGACAGUCGAGAUGCACACAGUCACCUCAUAUUAUUUAAGCCCUGAUCUCAGCAUUCUAAUUUCUCUGUAUUCCCCAGUGUAUAUAAUGUGUACUUGCUUGAAAUUCCUUAUAUAUUGCUUGUACAUUCCUGCUUCUAGGUUUCAGCACAUACCAGUUCCUUCUAUUUAGAAUGCUUUGUUCCUACUGCCCUCAAUCAGUUCAUAAAACAGAUAAAGCUGUCUUUUAAAAAUCCAACUCAAAAGUCACCUCCCAUGGAAUGCCAUCUCUGAUUAAUCUCAUUAACCUAAUGCCUUUAUUCUCAGGCUUCUGUUUCCUAGUCCAUUAAACUGUUUCAUUUCAUUGUAAUUGUUGCUUCUGUAUAUUGUCACUCAAUAAUUAUUCUAGGAAUGAUCAUCUUCCUCCAUCCUCUUUUGUCUACUUAUUACACACAAAUAUUUUGAAGGCCUAUCGUGACCUUUUCAGUUUCCCCAGAGUUCCAGUUCACCUUCCUUACUGUUUCCUUUUACUUCAUAGUUAAAUUCCUAGAGAAGCAGGGCAUGUAUUCAGGGGUUGGCCUCCACCUCAGCAUGUGUGUGGCAGCCUGCUGAAUAGAUCCCUACAAUUGGGAAGGAGUUAACCCUCUAGACAGUCUCUGCAUUCUACUUAGACACCUUCAAGAAGUAGAUGUGAGACCAGGAAGAGAACUAGAGAUGGGAGUAGGUAAAUUUCCACUGAAAGCCAGGUUAGCUUUUUCCUUCCUUUAUACACAAGACCUAUAAAGCUGCUGUCAUCAGCAGCUCACUCAACACUCUCUUGCUCUGCCUCUUUUCCAGGAGUCAGGGUUAGUUUAAGAAAAAGCCUCUUGCUAGAAGCCAUGACCUUGUACUUUUAUCCCCUCCAUCUGGUGUGUGGCCUCAUGGGGCUGUGCUGCUAUGCAGGAGGUGAGCAAUGGAAUUCUUUAGAUGAUGACUUCUGAGCCCACAUGCAGAGGCAGUUGGGGGUGGGAAGCAGGGAAACAGUGAGAGCCAAGAUCGAUGGACCAAAAAGUAAAGUCUGCUUUGGGGAAGUCCUGACUCUAGGUAGACUGUUUUCAUGAGGUGUUCUUCCCCUCGCUCAAGCAGGGACCCAGGUCAGGGAGCUGUAGCAUCCCAGGUCUAUGAUUGAUGAACAUUGUGCAAUUUUCUCUUCUGCUUUAACAGUUGGGGUGCAGGAGUGAGAUAGGUAGCCUGUGCUGUCUCUAACAGAAAACAUUCCAGGAUUGAACAGAAAAGAGUUCCCCUUGCACACAUCAUCUUUUUGGAGCUGCUUUCACUCACUGUCUUGCAUCUAAACAGAGGUCCAAGUUUUGAAUGGGAGAACAAAGAGGGGUUGAGAGCAGCAAGUGUUUGAUCAAGUGAAAAAUCUGCUAUCUGCCUCAUCUCACAGGGGUUUUUCUGGAGGGUUGAGACCCCUUGCCUUGGUGUACACAAAUUGCUUGCAUCAGCUAGAGUUCCCAGUACCUUUACCAGGCCACAGGUAGGCAUCUAUCUGGCUUGGGAUGGGAGUUUCUUAGGACACUUAUUCCCUGAUCUUGCUUUCCUAACCCAGGAGUUGACAGCAUUUUUAGAAGGAGUGAAAUCUCAAAGGAAAUUCUAAUACAUUCUUUAAAAGCCCAAAGCUUUAAUAAUUUUCUGUCAUUACUGCUUCUACUGUGUCUAUACAUUUAGCAUAAUUUCAAAAGGACUAGAUAAAACAAAAUUUUUAAUGUUAAUCUGAAGGGGGAAGAAAAGGGAUAGAAUUAGGAGCCAGAGUUGUUUAAAUGUGGAAUACUUUGUAUAGUGGUCACAUGGUACUGGUGGUAAUAGUGGCAGAAAUGGCAAAAGGGCCAUCAUUUGAUGAGGUUCAGGAGGGCCUAGGCUGUUCCUUUGUAAACUGUGCUCAGAUAUACUCUCCUGGCAGUCCUGGGACUCCUAUAGGGCUUGAACAUUUUAUAUCAAUUUCCGUUUUGAAGGUGUUGGGACUCUGGCGCCCCCAACCCUGGGCAUCCUCAGGCUUUCAGGAGAAUACACAAGAUUUGAAGUCAGAAGACCUAGGUUUGAGCUCUGACUGAGCCAGGCACAGUUCAUGUGACCUUGGACAAUCACCAAACAUUUCUGAACAGCAUCUGUAAAAUGACAGUAACCCCUACCUCACAGGGUUGUUGUGAGGAUUACAUAUAUGCUAAAGCAUUUUGUGUAUGAAAAAGCUUCUUACAAAUAUUACUGUUACUCCUUGGAAGCUGUCAAAAAAGACAACUUUAGAUGGAAUUGUCUUCCUUUUUUCUUUAUUCAGCUUAGCCUUUCUGUUUGGCCAGGGCUGCUUACAGGGGCUGGUGGGGUUGAAAUAAAGUCACCACAUUUUGGUUCCUUUGGUCAAAGAGAAAGAACUCCAAUGUCUAGCUGCUCCAUCCGUAGACUCAUAGAAUGGAAGUGAGCAAAGGAAAAUUUUAAGCCAGGAUAGUUAAGGAGCCAAUGAAAGAAGGCUUGCCUUGCAUUCGCAAAUCCAGAGUGACUAAAACAUCUUAAGUAAAUAAGGAAUAGCCACAAAGAUGCUCAGAGAUAAUUUAAGCCAUUAAUUGGAUGUGGGAAAAUGAGUUUAUAAACUCUCUUUUCUAUCCCUUUACCUUUGAGGUCAGGGACAGGCAUAUUACUGACACCCCAUUGGCCAUUGCCCUAUACCUGCCAAUCAC